AUGAUGAUGUUCUCGAAGAUAUUCGCAGGCCUGACAGCCUUGGCUACUGUGGUCAGCGCUCAGAGCACGGAAGACUCCGACUCGGCUACGUCCAGCACACCGGCAAGUAGGACUGCCUCGGCUACGUCCUCAUCGACCUCCGCCGCAAACACGCUUGACGUUGCUGUGGGCGCAGAAGGCCACAAGUUCACCCCACAAGUCACAAACGCUUCCGUUGGCGAUAUCAUUCGGUUCAGAUUUUAUCCAACAGGGCAUUCAGUCGUCCGGGCGGAAUACAGGUAUCCAUGUAUACCCUACGAAUAUACCGGCGCGAACAAGGUCGGCUUCUUCUCUGGCUUCGAGAAUGUUGCCACAAUCACCAAUGAUGGCCCUACUUUCGAAGUCAGGGUGAACGACACUGCUCCCAUCUGGUUUUACUGCGCAGCACCAGGAUCGUGCAUUGAUAACUGGAUGAUCGGCGUCAUCAACCCCAAUGAUACACAGACUCUGGACGUCCAGCUUGCAUACACAAAGAACACAACCACCCAGAUGGUACCAGGCGACCCCUUACCUUCUGAAACUGCUGCUGGCACCGCGGGUGCAACACCAACAUCAGGCUCAUCGUCCGGGUCCGGCAGUCAUUCUCAUUCCAGCCCACCACUCAGCGCUGGAGCUAUUGCGGGUAUCGCCAUCGGUGGAGCAGUGGUGCUCCUCAUAGCAGCGACACUCCUCUAUUUGUGUGGCCGAAGAGGGGGACUGGACAAGGCAUACAACCGACAGAGCAGGCAUGCUAUGGCUCCGGCGCCCAUAAGCGAAGUGAAAUAUAACCCCGGCGCAAAGAGUCCCGGCCAAGAGACAUUCGCAACAACGGCUUACUCCGUCACUCCUUCGAACGAUCCAUAUCAACAGCAUCAAGGGCACGGCGUGCCGCAAGGCCUGCCAGGAUAUUCCGUACACAGUGGGAGCCCACCGCCGAUGAGCGUACACUCCCAGAACUCGUAUCAGCAUUUCGGGGGCCAACCGGGCAUGGGAACUCCAUACGCGCAGGGCUCGGACAGCGGAGGUGGAUUAUUCAAUGUGCCACAGCGCCACGGCACGCCGGGACCACCUCAGCAGCAGCAGAACCCACAAGCUCCCCCGGUUGAGCUGCCGACGUCGCCCUCGGCCACGCAGGGCUACGCAGCGACGCGGACGUUUAGUUGGGCAACGGGUGGCGAGGGCACGAACCACCGAUCGAGCAGGCCUUCAUGA